AAUAGCUUGGAUACAAAAUAUCAGGAUUACUGACGUCACAUCUACACUCAUUACUGGACCAUAAGAGACGCGGGACAUCAUGGAGUCUGGAGGCAAGAUGACGAUGAGGUUAAUGGUCGCCGUGAGCGUUGCUGUACUUGGAUCACUGCAGUUUGGCUACAACACGGGAGUGAUCAAUGCCCCGCAGAAGGUGAUUGAGAAGUUCUUAAAUGAGACCUGGCUGAAUCGUUACAAUGAGCCCAUCUCGGACAGUACGCUGACCUCACUCUGGUCCAUCUCCGUUGCCAUCUUCUCAGUUGGCGGCAUGAUUGGCUCUUUUUCAGUGGGACUGUUUGUGAACCGCUUUGGAAGGCGUAACUCCAUGUUGAUGGCCAACAUCCUGGCAUUUAUUGCUGCUAUAUUUAUGGGCUUCUCCAAGCUCUCAUACUCCUUUGAGAUGCUAAUCAUUGGCCGGUUUGUGAUCGGUCUGUACUGUGGUCUCACUACUGGAUUUGUCCCCAUGUACGUUGGAGAGAUUGCCCCUACAUCCCUGAGAGGUGCCCUGGGAACACUGCACCAGCUGGGUGUUGUGGUUGGAAUUCUGAUUGCCCAAAUCUUUGGGCUGGAGCCGAUAAUGGGCAAUGACUCAAUGUGGCCUCUACUUUUGGGAUGCAUCUUCGUACCUGCACUGGUCCAGUGCGCAGCACUGCCCUUCUGCCCCGAAAGUCCUCGCUUUCUGCUCAUCAACCGCAAUGAAGAAGAUAAGGCCAAAAGUGUCUUGAAGAAGCUUCGAGGCACCACAGAUGUUACUGCUGACAUGCAGGAGAUGAAGGAGGAAAGUCGUCAGAUGAUGAGGGAAAAGAAGGUCACAAUUCUGGAGCUCUUUCGGUCACCACUGUAUCGCCAACCUAUCUUCAUUGCUAUUGUCCUUCAACUAUCCCAGCAGCUCUCCGGUAUUAAUGCGGUUUUCUACUAUUCCACCAUGAUCUUUGAAAAAGCUCAAGUCGAGCAGCCAAUCUAUGCCACCAUAGGUGCUGGAAUUGUGAACACCGCAUUUACUGUUGUCUCGCUGUUUGUGGUUGAGAGAGCCGGCCGUCGUACGCUGCAUCUGAUUGGACUGGCAGGCAUGGCCGGGUGUGCUAUACUGAUGACCAUUGCCCUGGUAUUGCUGGACCGUGUGUCAGAGAUGUCCUACCUCAGCAUAGUAGCCAUCUUUGGCUUUGUGGCAUUCUUUGAAAUUGGACCUGGUCCCAUCCCAUGGUUUAUUGUGGCAGAACUGUUUAGCCAAGGUCCCCGACCUGCAGCUAUUGCUGUUGCUGGCCUUUCCAACUGGACAUCAAAUUUCAUUGUGGGAAUGUGCUUCCAGUAUGUAGAGAAACUCACCGGUGCCUACGUCUUCAUUAUAUUUACCGUGCUUCUCAUCGGCUUCUUCAUCUUCACGUUCUUCAAGGUGCCAGAGACCAAAGGACGCACCUUUGAUGAGAUUGCUUCUGACUUCAGGCAGGGGAGUGGCCAAUCCAACAUGGAUAAACCAACUUCUCCAGAAGAAUUGCACAGCCUGGGGGAUUCCCAAGUGUAAACCUUUCACCUGCAACACUUACCUCUGGCCAUUUCCCUCUCCUUCUCUACCCGUGUCCGGCCUGCCAUUGUAUUAUCGGUGGUGCAGAGGGACUUGGAGUGAGAACAGCGAGAGGGAACAAUCUCCUCUUUUAGUUUAUGUUGAUCAUAACAAGGCCUCCAUCUGAAAUCUUGCCACCACCUCAGGGCGGCACAGCUAGACAGCAAACCAUUUUUCAAACAAUCCUGCUCGCUGCAUUUCAAACCUUCUUGAAUAACCACAGGGUAGAUCUAGUGUUCCUGGCAGGCACAGUGCCCGUAGGUGGGUAGAUGAAGGGGAAAGGAAAGAA